AUGGAUGGACUUGAGCAGUGGCCACUGGUUGAUCGUAGUAGCCUUGAUGGGAUCAAGCAAUGGCUGACCACGCAACCCCAUUUACCUCAGAUUGAAGAACACGUUAUCGCCCUCUUUUUACAUGCCAACUAUGGCAAUCAGGAAGCGAGUCAACGUACCAUCGAGAAUUACUACACGCUUCGAACGAGCCAUCGGGAAUGCUUUACCGACCGGAACGUGUUCAACGAUGCAAUGCAAACGGCGCUAAGAAUCAUGAUGUUUACAACGCUUCCUGGUGAAACGAAAGAGGGCUACAAAAUGGUGUACACCCGUUUGCUCACAUCGGAUGCCUCGGAAUUCAAUCACCCUCAAAUACUGAAGCUGAUAACCAUGUGCUUAGAUUUGUGGGUAAAAAUGGAAGGCAAUGCCAACGGGCACAUUAUGCUGACGGAUAUGCAAGGCAUGCAUAUGGGCCACAUGACCAAGAUGAACAUGGCAGCGGUAAAGAAGCAUAUGUUCUACGUGCAGGAAGCCCUACCAAUCAGGCUGAAGCAACUACACAUGAUAAACGUGGUACCGUUCAUGAGCCGGCUGAUGUUUCUCGUGAGGCCAUUUAUGCGCAAAGAUGUACAAGAGAUGAUAAACUUGCACGUUAAUGUGGACACGCUGCAAACUAUGAUUCCCAUUGAAAGCCUGCCAAACGAGUACGGUGGAAAGGCCGGAUCUUUCCAGCAACUCGAAGAAUCGUUUAAGGAAAAGUUGUAUGCCAACAGCGAUUGGUUUCGAGCCAUGGAAUCCCAAUAUUUGGUUGACGAAGCAAAGCGGCUUCCAAAACCUAAACGAUACAUGUUUGGAUUUUUUGGUUAAUUGAUGUUAUGUUUGAUAGUAUCUAAUAAAACAAUGU